GGAAGGAACGUUGACAGUUCAAAAUUAUUACGAUUUGUGAACAGACGAAAUGGCGAAUGUUUAUGAUUAUGUUCGAGCUGCAGCAUUUUUGAUCGGUUUCAUGGUGUUAGCCUUUCAAAAUGUUAAUACGUGGAUGAUUGUUGAUGGUUUUAUGGCAGCUGUCUUCGGUGUAGCAUGCAUCGUUGUUCCUGUCAUGAACUUUGAUUUGCUGGUAACUGGUGUAAGAAUAGAUCCCUUACAUGUGUAUUUCUUGAGGGAGAUUGGUUGUACUAUGGUGGCUACAGCAGUUCUAAUCUAUCUCAUCAGAAACUCUAAAGACAGGAAUGUCAUCAAAACAGUUCUCUGUGCAAGAACUCUGGCAUUGGCUGUUUAUACAGUAAGAGCUAUUUAUGGUCAGUGGAAAUUUACUGGAAUCUUUACUAGUGCUCAUGUAUGGACGGAAGUGUAUGCUAGUGCUGUGUUGUUGGUAGUAUCGUCUAUACAGCUAGUACGAUAUGGUAUGGAUUUAAAUGGUAGAAACAGUGGAAGUAAAGUUAAUCGUUACUUUCUGUAUGAUACAAUCCUCACUGGUGUUGUUGCUGCUAUAGAUAUACUUAUACCAUUUUUCAUUUUCGGUUUUAUGAAUACCAGGACUGACAAUCUGCAUCAACAUGUUUUUGCUAGUUUGGGUUGUAUGAAUCUUAGUGCUGCUUUCAUCACCUGGUUUGCCCGGGCGUUCAGAUUUAACGAAGAUAAACGUGCUGUUAUAUACUUUAGAGUAACUGCUCUUUCGUUGAUUCUGGUAUGUUUGCUGUAUGGUAAGAUGGUGGAGGGAUUACUACCAGACGUGUUCGACUUUAUUUUUGUUCUACUUGGAUGUCUACCUCUUUCGUUCCAUGCUGGUGGUUUUAUUGCCAUGAGAGACAGAAAGUCUUCCUCUUCUGCUGCUGGAUAUAAUCUCAGAGAUCGAAAUUAAAUAAUACGUUCUUAAACAAAUCUUAAAGAUGCAUUAUGUAAGAUUUAGAUAAAGAGCUGGCCCCAGUUUCACAAAACAUUCUCAGAUUUAAGUUAAGAAUUUACUCAAUUUUCAAUCGCUAUUUAUGAGAAAUAUCUUUGAUCCAGAAACACAAAUAUUUGCACAUAGUUUCUUAUUGAUUUAUUGAUAUAUUAAAACAACAAAAGUUUUAAAAAGGGCUAUAGUUUAGUUAAAAUAAAGCAAACAAUUUUGAGAAAAUUCUUAACUUUGGUCUGAAAAUGUUUUCUGAAACAAGAGCCUGUCCGUUCUUGCUAUAAUAAUAAUAGUUAAAAAAUAGAUAAUGUAAAAUGAAUACAUUUAAAAUGUCAGUCAAAUUAAUUUAUUCUGAAUGCUUUAAGUUUCGACAAGAAAAAUCGCAAAUACCGGUAGUCUCAAUUGUCAAUUACCAUUGUUACAUGAAUAUACAAAGUCUUGAUUUUGCAUUUUAGAAUUUAAUGAAGAUAUGGCAGCCAUUGUCUAAUGCAUUUAAUAUCUCAGUCAUACGAUGAUCUAGAGAGUGAAUUAUGGUCUUGUCAUGUUAAUAAAUGUUCAAAUAAAAAUUUAUAUAAAAUUUGAAGCCAGAACUAACAGAGUUAUAUGGUACAACAAUCACUGGUUUAUUAUACACAAACACCACGUUUCGAUAAGUAUUCUCCUAUCGUUAUCAAGCACAAUGACAUUUAGUAAACAGAAGGGUCUAUAUAUAUAUAUAAAUGUACAGUAUGAAGUCAUACUUAAUUAAUUGUUAUUAAUUAUUAGAGGAGUUUGUGAUUAUAGUUAAUGAUAUUUAGCUCUUACAUAAUGCACCUUUAAUAUUAUAUAUUAUUUUUGUAAGUUUCACAUUUGAUUUCACACAAAUGAUUGUAUUUUUAAAAUGGCAUAUUUAUUCUAGCUCAAAGAUAUUAACCAACUAAUAUACAACACUUUGAUUGGCAUUUAGUAAUUAAACAUAUUAACACAAGGUACAGUUUUAUAGAUACAUGUACACAAUUACUGAGUUUAAUACUAAUUGACGUUUCGAGAGGAUAUUCUCGUCU